AACCGCUCAACCGACACUCCCACUUUGCUUCGGAGCGAUUUCGGCCGUUUCUACCGAUAUCGCGGUGGGAUGCGAAUUUUCACGCGGCCCGUCGUCGAUUAUCGCGGCCGGAUUUGCAGUUUUUAAAACAACAAUUUUUCGAUCUGUACAAUCUGAAUUAUUAUUAGUAGGUUUUGCUGGAUGGUUAAUCACUAAUUUUAAAAGUUAGAGUAAUUAAUGCGUAUCAUAUAUCUGUACAAUUCUGUGACUAAAUAAAGUGAACAAUUAAAAAAAAUAUAUCAGUGAAUUGUAUGAUACUCAAAAGUUUUUUGUAAAAUAUACAACGAACAUUAAAAAAGUAAAAAAUAAAUUUGUAAAUUAAUCGUUCGUGUAUAAUUAAGACUCUAAAUAAUAAUAAAUUUUAAAUAAAACUUACUGUACAUAAAAUUCUUGUUGAAAUUUCAACAAAUUAAAAAUAUACAAAGCAGCACACAAACUUCCUUGAUUCAUCAAAUCUUCAGUAUAAUGUGUAUCUCUGCAUAGACCCGUAGAUCUAAAUGAUUAGAGCAUCGUCAAUGAUGAACGUUCUGGUGAUUAUCCUUAAUAUCCUGAUCGUGGUGGUAGUAAGUGGCGGCCCCGCCUGGAAGGAGGUGCAGAGGGGUAGCGGAUUAAAAAUCGGCCAAGGACAAAAAAAUAUAUCUUCAACCAGAGGCAACGGUCUUAAAAUCGGCGGUACCAGAGGCUCACGUUUAACCACUACUACAAUUCAACCGGAAGAGGACCACAUUAAUCCACCGACCGUACCUACAUCAAAUAAUGGGUUAAAGGUGCUGGACGUGGGCAUAGUGGUGCCUUACAAAUCGUUCGAAGUGCGCGAAUACACGAAAGCCAUAACGUUCGCAAAGAAGACAGUCCAUAGGAAAUUGAAAGCGUUCAAGUACGACGACAUCAACGUUCACAUCGUCAUGAAGGAAAUGACACCGAGUCCAACAGCGAUCCUGAAGUCUCUAUGCAAAGAAUUUCUGACGUACAACGUGUCGGCGAUCCUCUACCUGAUGAACUAUGAACAAUAUGGCAGAAGCACGGCCUCGGCGCAAUACUUCCUGCAGCUGGCCGGAUAUUUGGGAAUUCCGGUGAUAGCGUGGAACGCGGACAAUUCUGGUCUGGAGAGACGCGCGUCCCAGUCGUCGCUGCAGCUGCAGCUGGCGCCGUCGCUCGAGCACCAGACUGCCGCGAUGCUCAGCAUCCUGGAGCGGUACAAAUGGCACCAGUUCUCCGUCGUUACCAGUCUAAUAGCCGGACACGACGACUUCAUACAGGCGGUCAGGGAGCGUGUUUCCGCCAUGCAGGAUCGAUUCAAAUUUACAAUUUUGAAUGCGGUUCUGGUGGCGAACAAAGGAGACCUGGCCGCCCUCGUGGAUUCCGAAGCACGAGUAAUGCUCUUGUACUGCACCAAAGAAGAAGCCAUUGAUAUCCUGACCGCAGCCCGUGAUUUCCACCUGACGGGCGAGAACUACGUAUGGGUGGUGACCCAGAGUGUUAUAGAGAACCCUCUCCAAGCUCCUUAUCAGUUCCCUGUUGGAAUGCUUGGAGUUCACUUUGAUACGUCGAGCUCCAGCCUUGUGAAUGAGAUUACCACCGCCAUCAAAGUGUACGCCUAUGGUGUAGAGGACUUCACCAAAGACCCGAAGAACGCCGGCAGGUCGCUGAACACCCAACUGUCCUGUGAAGGAGCCGGAGCAUCCCGCUGGGAAACGGGAGAUUUGUUCUUCAAGUACCUGCGAAAUGUGACCGUCGAGGGGGAUCCGGGGAAGCCGAACCUCAAGUUUACACAGGACGGAGUCCUCAAGUCGGCGGAAUUGAAAAUCAUGAAUCUAAGGCCCGGUGUCAGCAAACAGCUCGUGUGGGAAGAGAUAGGAGUGUGGAAAUCGUGGCAGAAAGAGGGCCUCGACAUUAAGGACAUUGUGUGGCCGGGCAACAGUCACACGCCGCCUCAGGGCGUGCCAGAAAAGUUCCAUCUCAAAAUCACGUUCCUGGAGGAACCUCCUUACAUCAACUUGGCACCGCCAGAUCCAGUAACUGGAAAGUGUUCAAUGGACAGAGGCGUCCUUUGUCGGAUUGCCAGCGAUGCCGACAUCCAAGAUGUUGAUAUCGCCGAGGCUCACCGCAACGGCAGCUACUAUCAGUGCUGUUCAGGUUUCUGCAUCGACUUGUUGCAGAAAUUUUCCGAGGAACUGGGAUUCACUUAUGAGCUGGUAAGGGUUGAAGAUAGACGUUGGGGCACAAACGAGAAUGGAAAAUGGAACGGACUGAUCGCCGACCUCGUCAAUCGGAAAACCGACAUGGUCAUGACGUCGCUGAUGAUAAACGCCGAAAGGGAGGCUGUGGUGGAUUUUAGUGUGCCUUUCAUGGAGACUGGUAUAGCCAUUGUAGUGGCAAAACGAACGGGAAUAAUCUCGCCAACUGCAUUUUUGGAACCGUUCGAUAACGCAUCGUGGAUGUUGGUGGGUCUGGUUGCUAUCCAAGUAGCUACUUUUAUGAUCUUCCUCUUCGAAUGGCUGUCGCCAAGUGGUUUCAACAUGAAGGUUUCAUUCAAUGAGAAUUCAGCGGCGCCUCAUCGUUUUUCCCUCUUCCGGACCUACUGGUUGGUUUGGGCAGUUCUGUUCCAGGCUGCCGUCCACGUGGACUCGCCCAGGGGCUUCACGUCUCGCUUCAUGACCAACGUUUGGGCGAUGUUUGCCGUAGUAUUUCUCGCCAUAUACACUGCCAACUUGGCCGCCUUCAUGAUCACCCGAGAAGAGUUUUAUGAGUUUUCUGGACUGGAUGACCACCGUUUAUCAAGACCAUACUCCCACAAACCCAUGAUUAAAUUCGGUACGAUCCCAUGGUCUCACACCGACUCCACUAUCGCCAAGUACUUCAAAGAAAUGCAUUCGUACAUACAGCAGUUCAACAAAACAACAGUAUUGAACGGUGUCGAUUCAGUACUUAAUGGCGAAAUGGACGCCUUUAUCUACGACGGUACGGUGUUGGAUUAUUUGACGUCGCAGGAUGAGGAUUGUCGACUUCUUACGGUUGGCUCCUGGUACGCAAUGACUGGAUACGGACUGGCUUUUCCUCGCAAUUCUAAAUACCUUAAGAUGUUCAAUAAAAGGAUGCUCGACUUUCGGGAGAACGGCGACCUGGAACGACUAAGAAGAUAUUGGAUGACAGGAGUAUGUAAGCCAGGCAAGCAGGAACACAAAACAUCGGAUCCUUUGGCGUUGGAGCAGUUCUUGUCCGCGUUCCUCCUGCUGAUGGCUGGUAUAUUACUGGCCGCCGUCCUACUCUUCCUUGAAUACAUCUACUUCAAAUACGUGCGUAAACAGAUCGCCAAAACAGAUAGAGGUGGAUGUUGCGCCCUAAUCAGUUUGUCUAUGGGCAAAAGUCUGACGUUCAGGGGAGCCGUUUACGAAGCUCAAGACAUACUGAGGAAUCACCGUUGCCGCGACCCGAUCUGCGACACGCACCUCUGGAAGGUAAAACGAGAGUUGGACAUUUCCCAGAUGCGGUGCAAACAGCUUGAAAAGGAGUUGGAGGCUCACGGCAUUAAAGCUCCACCUCCAUGUAAACGGAAACAACGUAGAAUCAACUGUGUUACCUGCUGCCUGGGUUCUUCUUCUGAUGUCAUAGUGUCCGGAGAGCAAGCGAGGGCGAGAUUAAGGAGCCUAAAUCCGUCUGAAAAGGGCAGCAAUCUUGAUUUAUACGGCCCAACGGAAAUAGCGGAGAUGGAAACGGUGCUGUGAUCCAAGCGAAAAAAAAAUAAAAUUUACGAACAACACCAAA